GCCAACUGCAGUCGUACCAUACGCAGUUUGUAUGCAUUUUUUUUAUCCGUCGUGGCGCUAAGGCUUAUCGCUGUCGUAAACAUUUCUUAUCAAUUGCAAACCGUCUCCACUGGCACUCUCGCAGUUCAUCUCAAGUCCAUGUAGCCUACCACCUACAGCUAUUGUUUCGUCUUUCGUCGGUCUCCGGGGCUUUUUUUAUUUUUUUUAAACAUUUUUUUCACUCACUCAUUGUUCCUAGCCACCGGACGAACCAAUCCACCGACGCUAUGUGGAGUCCCACGCACGUACAAGUCACAGUUCAGAGGACCAGGGGCUUAAACUUUAAGAAUAAAAACGCCAAAAAUGAUGUAUUUGUCACCAUUGGUUUGGGUAAAGAAAAGUAUCAAACAUCGCCAAAAGAAAAAGCUAUUGAUACCGAGUUAACAGAAUGGCAUGAAGUUUGUGAAUUACAAAUUCCUAAACAAGGAAAUACUGCAGAAUUAGUACUAAGUGUACUGCACCAAAAUUUUUUGGGAUUAGAUCAAUUUUUGGGCCAGACCACAAUACCUUUGGCCGAUAUAGAUGUUUAUGAACGUCCAAAAAGCAAAUGGUACCCUCUAAAAAGCAAGAAUGGACAAGAAAACAAAGAACGCGGUGAAUUACAGGUCAAAAUAGCAUUCACAGUUAAAUCUGGAAGUUUACGGGAUCUUAGCAAGAAAGAAAAACACAGAUUAUCUGUUGGGCAAUUAUCUCACACAGCUUCUAAUAUCAGUGGUAGUUUGAUGAGUAUUAGUAGUGUUGAUAAGAAAUCUUUCAAGAAGCUAGCUAAAACAAUAACGGGCAAAAUUAAACGAGAAAAAAAAAUUCAAGAAAUAUCAUCCUCGAGUAUUAAUUUAAGUGUGGAAAAUCCUAACAAAAUAAAAUCUUCACAAGCAGGAUAUGAUGCCGAUCCAGGUGUUAUCAGUGACGAUGAUGAUUUUGCCCUCGAAGAUUUAUCGCACAAGGGGUCAGCUUGCUCUUUAGAGACAUCUGGUCAAUCUGAUCGCAAAGGUGUGAAUAGCUCACCUAUUAGCGGGUUAACAUUACAUAUUCAUGGAUCAGUUGAAAGUGUUAGUAACUCAGAUACAAUGAAUAAAUCUCCAGUUAUGAAUCGUUCACCAGUUUCUCAGACGCAAGACGAAUGGCAAAGAAAACUUUACAAAAACAAGGAUAAUAAUACUUUGAAACUUUCUGACACUUUGAAGUCAAAAUUGAAAGACACUGUAGACAUGCCAAUCAAUCACGAUAGAACUAGAGAUAAAAGUCCUACGCCAUCGCUCAAAAAUAGUCCCAAAGUUCAAAAGAAACAUCCUAUUUCACCACUCGAUGACCGCUCUUUUAACAAUAAGGAAUCCAAUAAUGAAAAUGACCCAUUACCGAAAAGCAAAUCAGCAUUAUCCUCAUGGAAUAAAGCAUAUGAGCGUAUCAUCAUUGGCAAGGAAAAAGAUUCCAGUCACCAUCAAAAUUCGCAUUCGAAACAUUCGUCAGAGGUGCUUCAGAAGUUCGAAGGAAAAACCAGAGACGACUUGAUCGAAAUGGUCAUUCAGCUGCAAAGCAGUUUGCGUGAUGAAAGCAAACAGAGAACUGAGUUGGAAGAGUACUUGGACAAGUUGCUGCUGCGUGUCAUGGAAACAUCACCGAAAAUCUUGCAAACACCUUACAUUUGUUACAAGCGUAGAGUAUAGUAAUAUUAUUCUACCUAACAGUGGUGACUGGACCGAAAAUGUAUUUUUUUCUAUUGUUUAAAAAAAAAAAUAUUGUAAUAAUUAUUUUUCAUUACAAACAAGAUGUGUUCGGCUCACCAACUAGGUGGUGGUACCACACAACCGCAUUAUUUAAAAUUGCAAACCUAUAUAAUAUUUUUUCAACCAUUACAAGUAGUAGUAUUGUCUAUACUUCUCGUUAAAUUAACAUAUAUACUUUCUUACUAAAUACCAAAGUUUUAAUAUUUUUUAAAUUACAUAUAUUUAUUAUUUUGUUGUUUCUGGGGUUUGCAGCGUCAAAAGUCAAAAUGAUGUAGCCAUUUAAAUUGUGUCACAGUUAUUAUGUUAUUGUUCUAUCCUAGCUUGAUUACCUA